UAUAAUCGCGGUUUGAAAUCUAAACGUACUCUUAAAUGAACAAAAUGUUAACAAAGAAAACAUUUUUAAUAUAGUUCAGGCGAAUGACGGGUCCUCUCAUAAACACACCUCCAGACCCCUGAAAGAGGUUCACUCCCCAGCCAUGAGGCCUUACUGUAGAAGUAUUCACACAUCACUUUCCUUCCUUAAACUCCUAGAACCUGUUGCCCCAUGGUCAAUCGCCUGCCUCAGGUCCAGUACCCCUAUGCAGUCUCAAAGACACUGCCUCUCCACACACAUCUCCUUCCCCCAGCCACAAAUCAGCCAGGAAUCGGUGGAAAUUCUCGGCCGCGUUUACCCCAGAGAUGACAUGACCAACGUGACGGUUAAGAUCUUGUCCACGGUGGGCCGAGAGCUUCACAACCAGACGCAUCAUCCGCUGUGGAUCAUUAAAGAACGGAUAAAAGAGCAUUUUUACCGUUCCUACACAAGCCGAACUGGUACACCGCUCUUUUCCGUCCAUGAUAACCUCAGCCCAGUGGUGACAGUGGAGCAGAACUUCGACAGCCUGCUCAUCCCCAAAGACCACCCGAGCCGAAAAAAGGGUGACAACUACUACCUGAACCAGAGCCACAUGCUGCGUGCGCACACCUCCGCUCACCAGAAGGAGCUGGUACGCGUCGGGCUCGAUCGCUUCCUGUUAGCUGGGGACGUCUAUAGGAGGGACGAAAUAGACGCAAGCCACUAUCCCGUCUUCCACCAGAUGGAGGGAGUGCGACUAUUUACCAACCAUGAGUUGUUUGCACAAGUUCAGAACGGUGAGGAGCUGUCGCUCUUCGAGCACAGAGGUCGACGCACGCCUCAGAAGCAGGAGUCUCACAGUCUGGAGGCUGUGAAGCUGGUGGAGUUCAACCUGAAACACACACUCACACAUCUCAUCAGGCACCUCUUCGGGGAAGAACUAGAGAUCCGCUGGGUAGAGUGCUACUUCCCCUUCACACAUCCCUCCUUUGAAAUGGAGGUGCGUUUUCAGGGCGAUUGGCUGGAGGUGCUGGGAUGUGGUGUGAUGGAGCAGGAGCUGCUGCACUCAGCGGGUGCUGGGAAUAAAAUCGGCUGGGCUUUUGGCUUGGGCUUGGAAAGACUCGCUAUGGUUCUGUUCGGCAUACCGGAUAUCCGACUCUUCUGGAGCAGAGACGAACGCUUCCUGAAACAGUUCCAUCUGGCCAACAUCAAUGACUCUGUGACCUUUCAGGCCCUCAGUAAAUACCCACCGCUGUUCAACGACAUCUCUUUCUGGCUGCCUGAUGAAGGCUACACGGAAAACGACUUCUACGAUUUGGUGCGGAGCGUCGGAGGAGACUUGGUGGAGAAGGUCACGCUGCAGGACCAGUUUACUCAUCCAAAAACCAAGAAAGUGAGCCACUGUUACCGCGUCGUGUACCGUCACACGGAGAGAACUUUGAGCCAAGAGGAAGUGCGGCUGAUUCACCAAGCCAUCGAACGGGCAGCUGAGCAAGACCUGGGUGUACAAGGGAGAUUCUGAUUCCUUCUCAACCUGAAUCCACUCAACCACACCAUCCCAAAGAAUGCGAUUUGUCCCAAAACACACUGUUGUAGGCUGCGUUCCUUACAAAUCUUGGACAAGGCAGGAGGUCAUUGUUUUAGAGAGACAGCUUGCACAGACUCUAUCGUAGAUCAUUUUAUACUUCAAAACAAAAUUACUUUUGGUUUGUUGUUCUAAAUAAAAAUCUUGUCCUCCCACAUGCACUGUUGACCUUGAUCUCUCUUAUUUUACCAGUUUUAUCGCCCUUAUAUACCAAACACAUGCAGUGCUUUUAAAUCCCUUUUCUCUUGCCGCCUGCAGUAAUCUUGCAUCUGAAGCUCUGAGAAGCUGAUCUUAAAUACCUCCAUCACAGCAGUGUGUCGCCUGGAGGGAAAGGUCUUUGAUUUAAUGCAGACAUUCUGUAGUCCAUUUACUUCGGUGGAUUUCAGCCAGCAGGGAAGACAAAAGAGAAGUCUGAAAAAAAAGACUUCCUUAUCACUUAUUGCUAACUUUCAAUUUCUUUUAUUGACCAUUUCAGUUUGAACACAAUGACUUUUCCAUGAAAUUAGUUAGAUAGUAAAAUACAUCAGGAAAAAUAAAGGGAUAAAUGAGAUAGGGCCUGUAAUGUAAUGUUUUAUUUGUUAGACUGUUCUGUGAUUAACAAUAAUCUAAAUAUGGCACAAAUUGUUGCACAUGUCUGAUCAGUCGUGAAAAUUUGAUUGUCCUGCACUCCAGCAUUGAUGAUAAAGAAAUAAAUGUUA